AUGAUCUUCUCAGCUCCGUUGUAUAUAAAGGAGAGACAUUGCGGAUAUUGCAAUGAUACUAAACAGGACUACUAUGCAUUGGAAAGCCAAGCAAAAGCAGCAUCAACGGGGACACAACAGCGUGGCAGGGACAAGCAAUCGAUAAUGGUGGGGUCUACAAUUACAUCAAUGACGUGUCAGAACUAUGAUGAAUUGAUAAAUCAGGGAUUCAGACGAUCAGGAACUUUUUUAUACAAGAGUGAUUUACUAAGGACGUGUUGUCGCUUGUAUACAAUUCGUACCAAUAUGUCAUAUUUUAAACCAACAAAGAAACAACGCAAGGCAAUCAACAAGUUUAUUAAAGAGAUUGUCCCUGAUGAAUCGCAAUUGAGCCCUGUGGUGAAGAAUUCAUUCAAUUUGGAUCGAUUGGUGGAAGCACAAUUGAAAUCAACGACAUUUAAAAUCGAGUAUGAACCAUCAAAGUUUAGUAAAGAAAAAUUUCAACUAUACAAGAAAUAUCAAGUGGCAGUACAUAAUGAUGAUCCCGAUGAUAUUACUGAGAAAUCAUUCACGAGGUUUCUUUGUCACUCACCAUUCACAAGUGAUGAGAUACGCGGUAUUGAUGCGCAAUGGCAAAGUCUUGAUGUUAACAACUGGUCCGUAAAUAGUCAAGAGAAAAGAAUUGGUCCUACUCAUGCAUGCUAUUAUCUCAAUGACAAGCUAAUUGCAAUUUCCAUAUUGGAUUUCUUACCUAGUGGGAUAUCAUCAAUAUAUUUCAUUUGGGAUCCCGAUUAUGCACAUUUGUCAUUGGGGACUAUUCUGGGGAUCAAUGAAGUUCAAAUGUGUCAAGCAUUGGGGUUUGAUUGGUACUACUUGGGAUAUUAUAUUGAAGAUUGUGACAAGAUGAACUACAAGGCUAAAUUUGGAGGCGAAGUGCUUGAUGUUUGUAGUGAGACGUUUUAUCCCAUAGAAGAUGUGAAGCCAUACUUGGCAAAUGGUCGAUUAUUUGUUAUUGGAACCAUUGGUGAAACCAAACAGGGGAAAGAGUCGGAGUGUGAAGCUACGGGGCAUGCUAAAUCUGCAACAAUUUGUGAAGUUAAUUAUAAUGCAGCUGAGGAUUUGUAUGGUGGGGAAGAGGUUUAUGCUAAUGCAAAGAGAGAAGCUAAGCAACUACUUAGUGAUUAUGAUAUAGGUAGAACUGAUGAGUACAAGUUGCCACAAGUGAUGCCGGGGUUGAUUCCAUUACUGAAGAUACUACUGUGGUUAGAUGAAGAAGUCAUUGAUGAAGACACACCAAUCAAGAUCAACAUGUUUGGUGGGGUACAUAAAUUCCAAUUUGGCAAAUUGAAUCAUGAAGGAAGGGGCUUUUACAUUGAUUGUAUUAGAUUGUUUGGGUUAGAAAAGAUGCAAAACUCAACCAUGAUCUUACAAUAG